AUGGCGUUUGCACAGGGUUUCUACAAAAUAACUCCAGCGAAGGACGAGAGUGAAUCUCUGAAGAUCUCUCCGUCAUGUCUUCAGAACAUUCCUUCACAUGUGGCCUUCAAUCCAGCGCCCGCGGUCUCUCUUCAUCUCUCCUCCAACACACACGUGCCUCCUGUCUGUCUCCAGCUGUACACAUUGUCUGUGAUCAUGUCACAUCUUCCCAUGAUUCCUCCUCCUGCUCAAGACCCCUCCACUGACUCCAAGACCGCCUCAAAACAUGAACUUCAGGACGGUGAAAUCACAGUUGACGUCUCCGCUGAUGACACAGACGUCUCCGGGUUCAGAUUCUGGCCAUCAUGUCCUUCCCGGCUGGCCUUCAUAACAGCCCUCGUACCCGCAGUCAUCGUCCUCACCGUCUGUAUCGCCAUCACAGUGAAGUUUGUGUGUUUCCCGGAUAAAUCACGAGACGUUUACACGAGCGCUGGAGAUGCACAGAACUUCAGCAUCACACAGACACCCUUCUACUCAGUCAAAUCUCCGUCUGAUCUCAGUGUCAACAUCACCUCAGAUUGCUCCUCGUCGAUGAGCGGCGGGUCUCGUAUUGUUGGUGGCACAGAGGCGGUGAGGGAUCAGUGGGGGUGGCAGACCAGUUUACAUUGGCAGGGCAAACACGUGUGUGGAGGAGCUAUCCUCACCUCCCGAUGGGUCAUCACAGCCGCUCAUUGCUUCAUACAAUAUAACAUGAUGGAAAAGUCUGACUGGGUGGUGGUGAUUAAGACUGUGAGCGUGUCUGAUCCGUCUCAAGGCAAACGCCACAACACAUUAGAGAUUCACCCUCACCCUCAAUUCUCUGAGGACACCAACGACUACGACCUGUGUCUGCUGCGCACACAGUCUGACAUGAUGAUAGCAGACGGUGUGAGACCCGUGUGUUUACCCCGUCUGAGAGAUUCCUUUCCACCUGGAUCCUCGUGUUGGGUCACAGGUUGGGGUUACACACUUGAAGGAGGUCCUCUGUCACCACACCUGAGACAGGCUCUGGUUCAGGUCAUCGAUCAGUCAGUGUGCUCGCAGUCAUUCGUCUAUGGAUCCCAACUCACUGCCAGAAUGCUUUGUGCAGGUGUGAUGGAGGGAGGAGUGGACUCGUGCCAGGGAGACAGCGGCGGUCCUCUGGUGUGUAAAACUGAAGCAGGUGACUGGAGGUUGGCUGGUGUGGUGAGCUGGGGUGAAGGUUGUGGAAGACACAACAAACCGGGCGUCUACACCCGAGUCACUCAACUUCUGCCAUGGCUGGAUCGUUAUAUCAGUGUAUGGGCACCACAAACACAACUAUGA